AUGAGACUAUUGAGUGUUCAAUAUGGUGAUGAAGCCUCCAAGUUAGAGGCUUUUUCCUCUUGGGUUGCCUCUAUUGGAGAUGGGGUUAUUGGUGGUCCAAAUGAUGGUGAAGUAUCUAUUCAUCUUUCUUCUGACAUUGUUUUGUCUAAUACUGGAGAUCCUCUUAGAACCAUUAUUUCCAACAUAUAUCCUUCGUAUAUGAAUCCCCAUGAGUUAAGUAAUUCUUUGCAUGGUCGUGCAAUACUUGCUCCUACUUCAGAGAUAGUUGAUGAGGUUAAUCAAUUCAUGAUUUCAUUGGAUCAGUCUCAAGGUCGAGUUUAUUUGAGCUAUGAUAGUAUAUCAAACUCUGAUUUGACAUCAAAUGGUUUUGCUGAGAUUCAUACAGUUGAAUUUUUGAAUAAUUUGAAAUGUUCAGGUACUUCUAAUCAUGAACUGUUGCUGAAAGUUGGCACUCCAGUGAUGUUGUUAAGGAAUAUAGAUCCUUCUAAUGGUUUGUGUAAUGGCACCCGAUUGAUUAUUACACGUUUAGGUGACUAUGUUUUGGAGGGACAAGUAUUGGCUGGUCAUAAUGUUGGUCUUAAGGUGUUGAUUCCUCGAAUGACUUUAAUACCAUCUGAUCCAACAUUGCCAUUCAAAUUCCAACGAUGA